GUUAGAAGACGUGUGUGUUUACAUAAUAUUUAUCCUUUCUCGAUAUUAAACUGUGAUGUUCAUAUCUUAGUGCAGUGAUAAAAAAGAGCAAUUCCGUGAGCUCAAGAUAACACCCGACGGGCAAGAAAAAACGAAAACAAGAUCUUUGUAUACCGCCCGACAGUGCUUUGUGGCUGAUAAGCGGAUCAACCGCUGUUCGAGUUGGGUCCGGUCCCGUAAGAGAAAUUCUUCGGUUCAACAGAAAUUCGAGUUUCGUAGAUAAGGGAGCAGCGAAGGUAGAACAGCAACAGCAGCAGUAUCCGGAGAAAAUAUGGUUGAACCAAUCUUCGACUACCAAUUCCGACAUAUUCUUAUCGGGGACAGUACCGUGGGCAAGUCGUCACUGCUCAAAUACUUUACCGAUGGCAAGUUUGCGGAGCUAUCGGAUCCGACCGUGGGCGUUGACUUUUUCGCGCACCUGAUCGAGGUGAAGGACGGCACCCGGAUCAAGCUGCAGCUCUGGGACACGGCCGGCCAGGAGCGGUUCCGUUCGAUCACCAAGUCCUACUAUCGCAACUCGGUCGGGGUCCUGCUGGUGUACGACAUCACCAACCACGCCAGCUUCGAGCACAUUCCCCUGUGGAUGAUGGAAGCGAAGCGGCACAUCGAGCCGCACCGGCCGGUGUUUGCCCUGGUCGGGUGCAAGCUGGAUCUAGUUAACAGUGGGGUGCAGAGGCGUGAGGUUAGCGUCGAAGAGGCACGCUCCUUUGCCGAACAGAAUGGGCUCAUCUUCGUGGAGACCUCGGCACGGACCGGGGUCAACGUGAGGGAAGCGUUCAGUCUGGUCACCCAGGAGGUCUACAACCGGAUCCAGUCCGGCGAGUACAAGGUCGAGGACGGAUGGGAUGGCAUCAAGAAGGGUUUCCCGAGGCCCAGCAAUCUAGACUUUAACCUAGUGGUAGCGGAAUCGGCACGAAGUUCGUGCUGCUAAGAAAUUCCUCCAACUAACUGUAGUUGCUAGAUUGUCCGGAAUUGUUUUCUCUUUUUUAACGACAUACAGCACUGUUAGCUGCCCGACGACGAAGACGACUAGUAGAUUAACGAUCAAUUUUUG